AUGCCACAACCCCCAUCGCAAGGACCCGCGUCAUCGCCACCAGAUCGGAAGCGGAAGCAGCCCACGAUCGCUAGCUUCUUCGGGAAAAAGCCGUCUUCGUCGCAACAAUCGCCGAGUGGCGUGGGUAGCCAACCGCAACCGAAGCCGAAAGAGCGGGAGAAUGCGCAAGGGGAUAAGGAGAAUAAGGAUCGAGUGGUUAAAGAGAAGGAGGAUGAGGAUGAGGAUGAAGAUGAGGACGAGGAAGUAGUGGCGCCGGCACCGAAGCGGGCAAGGGUUAAUGGGAGCCAGGACUCUGGCCGGAAAGCGUCAACCGCAGAGGAACAGGAUCCGGUGGCUGAUGUGAGUCAAAAGACAGAUUUAUCGAAGUUUACGAGUUCGCCUGCUGGGGAGGCUGCGGAGAAGACGCAAGACGCCGACGCCGACGAUCUGGAGGCUAAAAGACGCCAGAAAGAGAAGGAAAAACUACACCAGAAAUUCGUCAAAAGACUCGGCGGAGCAGAUUGCUUGAUAGGCAUCGGAAGCGAUCCAGCCAAAGACACCACCGGAGGCACCGAAGAAGCCGUCGAAGCUGAAGACGAUGAAGAACCAGCGAAACCGGCACCCAAAGGGAAGGCUACGAAAAAGGGCGGGAGUAAACUGACGCCGUUGGAGAAGCAGGUUAUUGAUAUAAAGAAGAAACAUAUGGAUACGAUAUUGGUAGUGGAGGUUGGGUAUAAAUUUCGAUUCUUCGGGGAGGAUGCGCGGGUUGCGGCGAGGGAGUUGAGUAUUGUUUGUAUUCCGGGGAAGAUGAGAUAUGAUGAGCAUUCGUCCGAAGCGCAUAUUGACCGUUUUGCAUCCGCGAGUAUCCCCGUCCAUCGACUGCACGUACACGUGAAGCGUCUUAUCACAGCCGGAUACAAAGUUGGUGUGGUUCGACAAGUCGAAACAGCUGCGCUGAAAGCUGCCGGCGACAACCGCAAUGCACCGUUUGGCCGCAAGCUCACUAACCUCUAUACUAAGGGUACAUAUAUCGAUGAUGUGGAGGGAAUGGAAGGUCCUGCUCCUGCUGCUUCGGAGGGGUCUCCGGCAACCGGAUACCUGCUGUGCAUCAUAGAGACAAAUGCAAAGGGCUGGGGAAAUGAUGAAAAGGUGCACGUGGGGAUUGUAGCUGUCCAGCCGGCUACGGGGGAUGUGAUUUACGAUGACUUUGAGGACGGCUUUAUGCGGAGCGAGAUCGAGACGAGGUUACUUCAUAUUGCUCCGUGUGAGCUUCUCAUAGUGGGUGAAUUAUCCAAAGCCACCGAGAAACUGGUUCAACAUCUCUCUGGCAGCAAGUUAAACGUCUUCGGCGACAAGGUCCGCGUCGAGAGGACCGAGAAGAAGAAAACUGCAGCCGCAGAAUCCCACAGCCACGUCUCAAGCUUCUACGCCGAGAAAAUGAAGUCUAGCAACGCCGCAGACGAUGCCCAAGCAAGCAACCUCCUCCAGAAAGUCCUCAGUCUCCCCGAACAAGUCACCAUCUGUUUGUCUGCAAUGAUCUCACACAUGACCGACUACGGCCUCGAACACGUCUUCGAAUUAACAAAAUACUUCCAACAUUUCUCUGCGCGCUCGCAUAUGCUUCUCAACGGAAACACACUAGUCAGUCUGGAGAUUUACCAGAACCAGACUGAUCAUUCUGCGAAAGGGAGUUUAUUCUGGACGCUGGAUCGCACGCAUACGCGGUUCGGACAGAGGAUGCUGCGGAAGUGGGUUGGUCGGCCCUUGUUGGAUAAGGAGAGGCUUGAAGAGAGGAUUAAUUCUGUGGAAGAGUUGAUGAGUUCAGAGAGGACGGCAUUGGUGGAGAGGAUUAAGGUGUUGUUGGGGAAGAUUAGGAGUGAUCUUGAGAGGAGUUUGAUUCGGAUUUAUUAUGGGAAGUGCACUCGACCGGAACUCCUUACCGUUCUGCAGACGAUGCAGAUGAUUGCGCAGGAGUUUUCUGAUAUCAAGUCCCCGGCUGAUACUGGAUUCAAAUCUUCUGUUGUCCGCGAAGCUCUGGCAUCGUUACCAACUAUUCUGGAAGAUGUGGUAUUCUUCUUGAAUAAGAUCAACAUGCACGCUGCAAAGAGCGACGACAAAUAUGCAUUCUUCCGCGAGUCCGAAGAAACAGAAGAAAUAAGCGAAGAGAAACUAGGCAUAGCCAGCGUCGAGCACGAUCUAGCAGAGCACCGUGCCGUUGCUGGUGAAAUGAUAAGCAAGAAGGUCGACUACGCCGCCGUAGCUGGAAUCGAAUAUCUCAUCGAAGUCGAGAACAGCUCCUCAACGAUCAAAAAAGUUCCCGCCUCAUGGGUCAAAGUCAGCGGCACUAAAAAGGUCUCACGCUUUCAUACCCCCGAAGUAAUCCAACUCCUCCGCCAACGAGACCAGCACAAAGAAGCACUAGCAGCAGCCUGCGACAAAGCAUAUAUUUCCCUCCUUGCAGAGAUAUCCACCCACUACCAACCCUUCCGCGACAGCGUUCAAUCCCUCGCAACACUAGACUGCCUCAUCUCCCUCGCCACCAUCGCCAACCAACCAGGCUACUCGAAGCCCGAAUACACAGACGAAACAUGCAUCUGCGUCGAAAAAGGCCGUCACCCCAUGGUCGAACAACUCCUCCUUGACACCUACGUCCCCAACGACAUCGACUUGGCCUCCGACCAAACUCGCGCUCUACUAGUUACAGGACCAAACAUGGGCGGAAAAUCAAGCUAUGUCCGCCAAAUCGCACUGAUCGCCAUCAUGGGCCAGAUAGGCUCGUAUGUCCCCGCACAGUCCGCAAAACUGGGCAUGCUCGACGCCGUAUACACGCGCAUGGGCGCGUUCGAUAACUUGCUCGCCGGUGAGUCAACAUUCAUGGUCGAGUUAUCCGAAACAGCAGAUAUCCUCAAACAAGCGACCCCGCGGUCACUAGUUAUCCUCGACGAGUUGGGUCGGGGUACGUCCACACAUGAUGGUGUUGCCAUUGCACAGGCUGUGCUGGAUUACAUGGUCCGCUCUCUUCGCAGUUUGACAUUGUUCAUCACGCAUUACCAACAUCUAUCGAACAUGGUGCAUUCCUUCCGCGACCAUGAACUCCGUAACGUGCACAUGCGCUUCACGGAGUCCAGGACGAACACAGAAGAAGAAGAGGAAAUCACUUUUCUCUACGAAGUAGGCGAGGGUGUUGCGCAUCGGAGUUACGGGUUGAAUGUGGCACGUUUAGCGAACCUCCCUGCUCCACUACUGGAUCUGGCGAAGAGGAAGAGCGCGGAGUUGGAGGAGAAUAUUAGGAGGAAGAGGUUGAGGGGUUUGGUGAGUGCUGUUGGGGAGGUGUUGGCGGAGGAUGGGAAGGAUGGGUUGAUUGAGAGGUUGGUUGGCAGUGCAGAGCAGUUGUAG